AUGGAAGCGACUUCUGGUCUAGACAUAAUUGAACCUGUGUCGAAUCAAGAUCAGGAUGAGCCAAUUGACAUUGUUCAGACAAAGCCUGACCUGAAAGUGGUCCAUGGCGAUGUUGAGCUCCAAGAUCAGUCGCAGCGCCUACCAUUCUUCCGACUCAUUCUUGCCUACAUCUGUCUAUGUUUCUGCUAUCUCAUAUCCUACCUUGACAUGAACUCCGUCGCAACAUCUCUACCCACCAUCUCCGAGGCUCUCGAUGCUGGUCCUACGGUAACAUGGGUUGGGACAUCAUACCUUCUCGGUCAACUCUCAUUCCAGCCACUGUAUGGCAGAAUAUCCGACAUCACGGGACGAAAGCCUGUUUUGUUAUUCUCAAUGGGUUGUAUCGUUAUAGGCGGUCUCCUCUGUGGCUUCGCUCGCACGCCCGUCUGGCUGUACGUAUGCCGCACCAUCAGCGGCAUUGGCGGUGGUGGUAUAAGCUCUUCUGUAGCCAUCAUUCCUGUCUCUGGGAGCUUCAAGGAAAAGGCUAGUAAGAUUGACUGGAUGGGUGUUAUGGCUUCAAUUGCUGGUAUCGUAUUGACAGUUAUGGCCAUCAACUCUGGUGGAAGCAUGUGGGCCUGGAAGAAUGCUAAGACCAUCUCCAUACUUACUAUUGGCAUCGUAAUGCUGCUUGUCUUCAUCGUCAUCGAGGCUUUCUUCGCUAGAAUCCCCAUCAUUCCCUUGAGGCUGUUCAGGCAGAGAUCCCCAGCUGUACUCAUUCUUACCGGCUUCUUCCACGAUUUCGCUUGGCAGUCGACCCAAUACUUUGUUCCCCUUUACUACCAGACUGUCCGGGGCUUUACGCCGCUAAAAAGCGCGACCCUCAUUGUACCAUUUCUGCUCGCGCAAGGUCUUGCUGGCGCUGCCUCAGGGCCUACCAUGGUUCGUUAUGCGAGAUACAUACCAAUCUUAAGGACUGGCUUCACGAUUUGGACGGUUGGUACCGGCCUCAAGCUUCUGUUCAAUGAGCACACUCAUGUCGCCGUCUACGUGGUAGUUCUAGCUGUUGAAGGGGCGGGAAUUGGUUGGGUUCAUCAGCCAGGGCUUGUUGCACUACAGGCCAACUCCGCUGACGAAGAUCGUGCGGUAGCAACAGGAACCCGCAACGUCUUUCGCUCCCUCGGCGGCGUUGUCGGUAUCGCUGUUUCUACAGCUGCAUACUAUGCAACUCUAAGCAAAACCCUUUCACAAUCCAAUGCGGUGCCAGAAUGGCUUCGCGAUCGCGUCUUAGAUGGCACGUGGGCUGCUGGAAACCCCAGCACAAGAGAAUUCGAAAGCGCCAUCUUGGAUGGACGAAUGCAAGGAUUUAGAGUGAUCUUCAUCAUAACGAUACCUCUUAUGGCUCUAUGUUUGCUGGCCAGUUUCUUGGUCGAUGAUAUCGUGCUCAAGGGUGAUACCAGCCAGGGAGAUAUGGGAGAAAGAGGCCAGAUGACCAAACCAACAGCUACUCCAAUGGCGCUCUCAGACGCCAAGAUGGAUAACUCUCGACAAGCUUGCAAGGGGCAUUAAUUGGCCAGAGUUUCGUUAUCAUCGCACCAUCAGGGAAGAGUUCUAUGUUCACAUUGCCUUUGAUCUAUUGCCAG